UCGGGAGUAGGAUUUUGUUUUGAUGUGUUAGUUUGAUUAAAUUUUUGCAUAUUGUUUUACGGCCGUCCACUUUUUGUGUGCAUUGAACGGAUUUAUGUAACUGACCGUCAUGGGAAGGGAGGAAAGCCUCAUCCGGAUUGCAAAAAAACUGGAUAAAAUGGUAUCCAGGAGGAAUAUGGAUGGUGCUCUGGACCUGCUCCAGGAACUCCAAGGAAUGAAGAUGACUCUGAAGUUGCUGCAGACCACAAGAAUCGGCAUGUCUGUAAACUUGAUUCGUAAGCACAGCACAGAUGAGGAAGUUAUCACACUUGCUAAAAUCCUCAUCAAAAAAUGGAAGAAACUUCUCGCCAAAGAAAUUUCAGUCGAUCACAAGGUGGAGAAACCUGCAGGGAAAGAGGGCGAGAAGGACAGGUCAUCAGCAAUGGUGCUAGAAACCCAAAAACAUUCAAAGGAGGAGCACAAAGAGCGGAGAGAUUCAAUCAGUUCCAAGUCUUCACCAGCAGAUGCUCCCAAAUCCAGGAAGAGUUCCACAGAUGGAAAGCAGGACCGGCACAGGAGAGAUUCCUCAAGCUCUAUGUCACCAACCACCCUUUCACCAGCAUCAAGAAAGAACUCCACAGACAAAGAGGAGAGAGAGUCAUUCUGCAAAUCUUCAAUCACCUUGGACUUGUCAAGAAAGCCUUCAACAGAUAAGAAAGACGAAAGUGGCAAUGGCAGUAAAGGAAAGAUGGAAUCACCUUCUUCCCCCACCAGCCCUACCUUCUCCUCAGCAACUUUUCUCCCUCCUUUCCUGUCAACUGGGGAGACCAUCCGUGACAAGUGCAUAGAGAUGCUGAUAGCAGCUCUGAAGACUGAUGAUGAUUACAAGGACUAUGGCGCCAACUGUGACAAGAUGGGUGCAGAAAUUGAAGAUUAUAUCUACCAGGAGUUUCAGAAAACAGACAUGAAGUACAAAAACCGGGUCCGAAGCAGAAUAAGUAAUCUGAAAGACCCAAAGAAUCCUAACUUAAGGAAGAACGUGUUGUCUGGUGCGAUAGACCUCCUGCACCUGGCAAGGAUGACUGCUGAGGAGAUGGCCAGCGAUGAGUUGAAGGAGUUACGCAAUGUGAUAACUAAGGAAGCCAUUCGGGAACAUCAGAUGGCCAAAACAGGCGGUACCAUUUCUAGUCUCUUCCAAUGUGGUAGAUGCAAGAAGAAAAACUGUACCUACAAUCAGGUUCAAACCCGUAGUGCUGAUGAACCAAUGACAACAUUUGUUUUGUGCAAUGAAUGCGGAAACCGUUGGAAGUUCUGCUGAUUGACUGGACAAUAUUGAAACAUUUUUCACUACAACUUAAACCUCAUCUUUUCGGAGGAGAGGAAAAUGUAUUCUAGCAAAGCCAGAAAUCUUUAUGGUGCUUUUCUCAAUUUGUUUUCAAAUGAUUCAUGAGCAAAUUUGGUUCUUAAUCAAUAAUGUUUUAAGAACUGAACAACCUCUGCAGCUUUUGCACACUGCAUGGUUUCUGCUGUGUAAGGAGGUGUAGAUUUAAGUAAUAAAAAUAGAAAAUAGUGGAAACACUUAACAGGUCAGGCAGCAUCUGUGGAAAGAGAAACAAUAGUCUUUUUGGACCUGAAACAUUAGCUCUUAUGCUUCAGGGCUGAAAUAUUUACUGAGAUGCUGCCCGAGGUGUUUUUUCUUUGAGCAUUUUCUGUCUUUAUUUCAAAUCUCCAGCAUAUGCAGUUUGUAUUUUCAACUUAGAUUUCACUGCCUUAUGCUCACUGUGAACAUCAUCAAAUCAUUUGCAAAAUUGUACAGAGCCAAAUUUUGUAGCAUUUUCAACAUUAAGAAACAUUUUAUGGUGUUGAUUAUAUUGCAGGAAUAUUAAGUUGGCCUUUGAAGAUUAAUUUUAUUGGAGGAAAUAGGAAUUUAUAACGAGAAACAUUUCUCAUUCUUAACAGGUAUUUUUUUAAGUUUGCAGAAUGGAAAAUACAUUUGAGAUUCAACUGAAGUGGAUAUAUUUUAAAAUUUUGUCUAAAUCCAACUCUCUUUAGAAUAACUAAUAAUAAGGAAUCAAUUACAUCCUCCGAGGAGAGUACUGCAUUAGUUCAAGGCCAAAUCUUAAAGAACUUUUUUGUAGAUCACUGUUCAUUUGUGUUUAUUUUUAUAGAAGUCACUGCCUUAUCUUCCAAAUAUCCUCCCACUCCCAAACUUCUCCAUCUAUAAUCUUUUAGCUUUUUUUGGGCUGCUGUUCCAUGAGCUAUGGACACCCUCCAUAAUCUUACAAGAACAACAGUUCUUCAGAGGUGAACUCCAGGAAGUCGUGGAGGUGUCACAAGUGAGCCUAAUUCUUACUUGACAGCCAUCUACUUAAAGUCAGUGGGAAGGAAGUUGUAAAACUGCGUCUCCAAUUCACCAUGAAUAGAGAUGCCAAUUCUGGUUGGAUGGAUUCCUGAAGGUUUCAUUGUAUUUCAACUGCCUACCCUUCACUUCAGCCAUUACUCGCCAGUGCUUUGCUUUCCCUCAGCUAAUCAGAAAAUGAAGAGUUUUCAUUGUUUAGCUGAAUGCUUUCAGUGUCUAACCGCCCUUCUCCUCUCUCCCAGAACAUUUCUUGUAUUUUUAUUGCUAAUAAACAAAAGUAUCCAUAGAAAGUUACAAAAAAACCCUCAAUUUUGUCCUUGUCUCUGAUUUUCUUUUUCUCUCUCCCAAACAUUGCUCAAAGAAACCUCCUUAUAGUUGUGUUUGACAUCGGGACAAUCCUUGAGAGUAGGCAAUCAACUGUACAAAGAUAUUUAACAAGUCCUUGCCUGACUCUGAAAUAUUUUAGAUGUUUGAUAUGAAAUGUGUGUUUUGUUUCCUGAAAACUACUUCCAGGCAAUGUUACUGAGUUGGCAAAAGAUUGUAUCUUUGGUUUGUUUUUCAAAUGUAUAUUUUUUCCCCUCUUCAGGCCAGCUUCAG